UGAACUGCAGUAUUUUCUACCGGCAAUACUCCACCAUUGGACAGAAUUUUAGCUGUUACUAUUCGAAAGUGGAUCCCGGAAUGGUCAUCAGUGACCUCGACAUGUGGCAGGUGUACAUGAACCUUGUCUACGCGAUGGCUAUUCCAAUACCGUCUUUUAUAAUCUCGGUGAUAUACCUCACGGUCGCCUACUUCAAGAUUUACAACGAAGAUGAGGAGGCCCUCGUGGGUGGCGAUGAUGGCGAGGAGGGUGCUGAUGCGGAAGGUAGCAAUGCGACACCACUUCCGCCAACAAGCGGCGCGCUGACGCCAGGUAGUGAAGCUUUCAGAGAGGACCUGGCAAGCUUCGGGCAUCAGUUUAAUGUGGCCAUGGCUGACGAAAUCAGCAGGGAAACUCUCAACGGCAUACCAAAUUCUUAUUCUAUUCAGGGGAGUGAGCACACCAGAUACUGUUACCUUAGUAACUUCAUAUGUUUGAAAAUGGAGCUGGAACCCAAAUUCACCUUCAUACCUCUCGCGCAAAAAGAAUAUGUCGGAAUAAAUGAUAAGAAAACACAGCAGUUUCUUAUGAAAUGGGGCCUGAAGGGAAAUAUCAGUAUCCAAAACUUUUGCUUCAACGAAGCCUUUCAGCCAUAUCACAAGUAUCACCUAACAGAGGCAUUUUUCAAAGACCAAACUGUGGCAAAUACGCUGAAAAUCAAAGUAGGUGAUGGUUGGAGUACUCCAGGAAUAAUUGCAUCUUCUGUGGAGACCAAACAACUGCAGUGCUCUGUCUUAAACAUGUCUUUUUUCGAUAAAUUAAAAAAUUCUAAUAAUAUAGUUUUUGAAUCUGGAUACAUUCGCAAAAGGUGCGAUAUAGAAAUCGAAGGGUUUACUACAUCCGAUAAUCUGCGAGCGAUGUUGUUAGAUGAAGAAUAUGACGAGUAUAAUUUGUAUGAAAUAAGUGAACGGGAAGAGUUUAUUUUCGCUAUUUUUCAAAUGCUGGUGUUAGGUGGUAGUUUAUGCCAAUAUGAAGAUACCAUUCAACCUUAUUUGGAUAUAACGAAAACAAUUUACAAGGAUUUAAUUAGAGUUGAAAAACAUGAAAGAUCAAACGAUUUUUUGAUCGCCACGAUGGUAUUAAAAGUAGAAGCAAGAGAUUCUUGUGGAGAUGCUUAUUUUCCACGAAAUCCUUCGCUCAAGCAAAACCUUGGGUUUUUGUUGAUAGAUUCAAGUUCUCGUCAAAUUACUACCUUUCUACAUCAAUAUGGUUAUUGUAUUUAAAAAAUACAAGAGCUGAAAAGAAAGGAUUUUUUUUACUUCACGUUUCGCAAUGAGGAUAAGAAAAUACUGAGAAAAUUAGAAUCAGAGAUUGAACGAAAGAGUGUCAUCUUUUUAUUCAGGACUCUAGCCAAUUUUUCAUCAAAUAAAUAUAUAAUUUUGAUCAGGGUGUUUACUAUAAAAUUACCAAUAAUUUUGUAUAAAAUUACAAGAA